GGGGAUUAAAGAGAGUUGAUUUUAGUUUUGUCAAUUUUUGUUUUUAAAUCUUUUUUUGUUUCCAGAUCAUCUGCUUCGUCUUCGUGAUGAAUGGUUUGUUUUAUUUUUUUUUUCUUUUUUCUUUUGUCUGAUCUGGGCUUCUGUUCAUGAAUAUUUGAAGCCCAAGCUUGAUCGAAACCGUAGAUCGUUAACCUUGUUGAUGUUGUUUUUAGCAUUUGGGAAUACUUUCAGCCCGUUAGAAGGUAUUGUAUUCCCAUGUUUGAUCUUGACCCAGGUGGUUCCAUGGUAGGCUCGAGCUCAUCUUGAUUUCCGGUUGAAGAUCCAAGUUGGGAUUUUUCAUCUGAUGGAGUGUAUUAAAUCUUGGCUUGGUCAAGCCAGUUGGGUUGACUUGUUCAUUUUUUUGGUCUAAGGCUAUUUGGGCCUGGUGGGCCCAGCCCAGCCCAGUAGUGGGUCCGAUAUUGGCUUUGAUUUGGGUAACUCACUUCUGAAGUUGAAGAUGGCCACUUCUGUUGAAGACAAGAUUGACAGUAGCCCUGUUGAAGACAAGAUGGCUACCCCUGAUGAAGAGAAGGUAGCAACCCCUGAAGAAGUCAAGAUGCUAACCCUUUAUGAAGACAAGACACCGAGCUCAUAUGAAAAUAAUGAGGUGAACAAUAUUGAAGGACAGCCUAACAAGCGGAGGAAAAAGAAAUCCAUAGUCUGGGAGCAUUUCACCAUUGAAAAUGUUAGUGCUGGAUGUAGGAGGGCAUGCUGUAAGCAAUGCAAGCAAACUUUUGCUUACAGUACAGGUUCUAAAGUGGCAGGUACCAGCCACCUCAAACGGCAUAUUGCCAAGGGGACCUGUCAUGACAAGAGCCAAUCAUCACCAUAUACGCCUCCCACGAGGAUGAGUGGCAAUGGUUCUGAAAUGCCAAAACGGCGUUAUAGAACGCCUAAUCUGCCAAACAUUAUGUUUGAUGCAGAUCGUUGCCGCCAUGAGAUUGCAAGGAUGAUCAUUAUGCAUGACUACCCACUUCACAUGGUUGAGCAUCCAGGAUUUUUGGCUUUUGUCCAGAAUCUUCAGCCACGGUUCAACAUGGUGAGCUUCAACACUGUCCAAGGGGAUUGUGUUGCUACUUACCUAAUGGAAAAGCAGAAUCUUAUAAAGUUUAUUGAUGGCAUACCUGGACGCUUUUGCCUUACCCUAGACAUGUGGACUUCAAGUCAAAGUGUAGGUUUUGUGUUUAUUACUGGACACUUCAUUGAUAGUGAUUGGAAGCUGCAAAAGCGUCUUCUCAAUGUUGUGAUGGAACCAUAUCCUGACUCGGACACUGCUCUUAGCCAUGCCGUUGCUGUUUGUCUUCAUGAUUGGAGUUUGGAGAACAAAUUAUUUUCAGUCACUUACAAUCAGCCACUGAGUGAAACUGCUUUUGAAAAUAUAAGGCCUUUACUCUCUAUCAAGAACCCACUCAUCCUCAAUGGUCAAUUAUGUCUUGGGAAUUGUGUUGCCCGUACUUUUAGCAGCAUUGCAAAAGAUGUAUUAGGAGCAGGGCAAGAUAUAGUCAAGAAAAUCCGGAAAAGUGUCAAGUAUGUGAAAACAUCAGAAUCCCAUGAGGAAAAGUUUCUUGAGCUCAAGCAACAGCUUCAAGUCCCAAGUGAUAGGAUGCUAUUUCUUGAUGACCAAACUAAAUGGAAUACAACAUAUCAAAUGCUGGUGGCUGCUUCUGAAUUAAAAGAAGUGUUUUCUUGCUUGGAUACAUCUGAUCCUGAUUACAAGGAAGCCCCAUCUAUGGAAGAUUGGAAACAAGUUGAGACUAUCUGCACAUACUUGAAACUUCUUUUCGAUGCAGCCAACAUCCUUACCACUACUACUAACCCAACUGCAAUUAUCUUCUUCCAUGAAGUGUGGAAGAUUCAGUCAGAGCUGACUCGUGCAGUUACAAGUGAGGAUCCUUUCAUCAGCUCUCUGGCUAAAACAAUGCAAGAAAAAAUUAUUAAAUACUGGAAGGAUUGUAGCCUGGCUUUGGCUACUGCAGUAGCUAUGGAUCCUCGGUUCAAGAUGAAGCUUGUUGAGUUCAGUUUCAACAAAAUCUUUGGUGAUGACGCUCCCACCUAUAUCAAGAUUGUUGACGAUGGCAUUCAUGAGCUCUUUCAUGAAUAUGUAGCACUGCCUCUACCACUGACACCUACUUAUGCAGAAGACGGAAAUGCAGGAGCCAACAACAAGACUGAUGAACAAGGAGGAAAUCUCUUGUCAGACAAUGGACUAACAGAUUUUGAUGUCUACAUCAUGGAAACCACCAGCCAACAAAUGAAGUCGGAGUUGGAUCAGUAUUUGGAUGAAUCUCUAUUGCCUCGUGUCCAAGAGUUUGAUGUGUUGGGUUGGUGGAAAUUAAACAAACUGAAGUAUCCUACGCUUUCGAAGAUGGCUCGUGAUAUAUUGUCGAUACCAGUAUCUACAGUUGCUACUGAUGCUGUAUUUGACACCUCCAUCAAAGAGAUGGACAGGUACCGAAGUUCCUUGCGACCUGAGACAGUGGAAGCCCUUAUAUGUGCCAAGGAUUGGUUGCAGUAUGGAACCUCUUCUGAUGUUUCAAAUGCACCUGUGAGAAUGGAAUAUUAAUUAGCUUUAGCUUCUAGCUUUUGCAACCUUCUUAUUGUGUAAUGUUGUAUAAUGUCAGGUUGCCCAGGCACAGACAGUAUAUGUUGGUAGCUGCUGUAUCAUUUACCGUAGCUUUUUAUCUGUUUCGUAAUUAGGUUUUAUCUUUUGUAGCAUCCUAAGAGAUCUUUCAUAUGCUUGGACAUGAUAUUAGUUUCUAGUGUUAGAUUUUGAUUGUUACAUGCAGUUUGGGAUGUCGAACUUGGCUUGCUGGUGCAUAUUUUACUGAAAGGAGAUGUACAAAUAUGAAAGUCCUGAAUCUGCUGCUUGUCCCCCA